AUGGAUUCUAUGAAGGCAUGGAUUGGGGGUCGAGUGAGCGAUGGUUGGGCCGCACGACUGGCCAACUGGUGGUCGAGCCGUACAGUACUUGACGUCAAAGCGCCUGAAGUGCCGCCGAUUGCCGACAACUGUCCAGUAUUUCCGAUUGAAUGGUCGGCCGCUUACGCCCUGUUUGGCAAUUAUCGCAUUGAUGUCCAGUCGAUGGUCUUCGGCGACGACGGCAUCGCUUUGGCCGGAAUCGCGGCCAACGGCGGACCGAGUGAUGUCACCCACGACCUCAUCAUUCCGUUCAGUCAAAUGCAAUGUCUGUUUGUCUGUUCCGAUGCCAUACUUCCUGUGCUGGUCAUCAAACCGAAGCCAGAGCUCAAUCGUCUGAUCCAAGAGUGUCUUCAGUUGGGAAGCGAUUCUCCGAAUGAGUUUAAAAUGGAUGUCAAUUCCAGCGACACAAGCCUUCGCUAUAUUGUCAUCCUUUCAAAGUGUGAGAUCAGUGAACAGUUCGCGGAUGUGUUGCUCAAGAAGUGUCUUCUCGUCAACGAUGACUGCGAUUGCAAUGAAAUGAACGAAGAGGUGGCCAGAGGUUACCUAAUCCGACCCCAAAUGCCAUUAAUGGAAGCCCUAUUCGGUGAUUCCGAAUCCGACUCCGAAUGACUCACUUUAACUGCAUUUUACAAAUAGUCACAAAUAACUUAAAAUUGAUUGUUAUUAUAAUCUGAAUUUCUGUAAUGCAUUAUUACUAUUAUUAUUAUCCACACAAAUAGUCUC